AGUACGUCAAGCCUGCCGCAUAUAAGCGUCGGGAGAGCGCCAGACGAUACAGAAUUGUGGAUGACCCGACUCCAUUGUCUGUCGUUCCUGUCUGUCGUCGACGAGGGCGAGGAAGCGCCUGAUCCGCGAAGUCAGCCAUUCCGCAGUCAGGUAUAUACCAUAAUUCCCUGCGGUUUCCAGUCGGCAAUUGACCGGGUCGCGAGGGACAUCUAAGAGCACCCCAAGGGUCACAACCCCUUAAACUAAAGGCUACCCCGUCUUAUCCUCCUUCUAUUCACGCCGUAGUUCAACCGCGCCUCAUGCCCAUGAUCCACCACGUUUUCGCCCUGGUGGGCUUGGCAGGUGCCCUCUAUGCAUCCCCCCUUGACAAAGCCGAGGCACUUGCCGACUGUCUGAUCAAGGCCGGCGUGCCGGUCGACGAAACUGGGUCUACCGAGUACAAGCUUGACGCCACGCCCUUCAACUUGCGCCUCAACUACACACCUGUUGCCGUCGCUGCCAUCACCACGACAAAGCACAUACAGGAUGCCGUGGCAUGUGCGAGACAGUUGGGCAUCAAGGCGAACGCCAAGUGCGGCGGGCACAGCUACGCUGCCUUUGGACUCGGUGGAGAGGACGGGCACUUGGUUAUUGAGAUGAGCCGGAUGAACAAGGUCGUCCUGGAUAACGCUACCGGCAUUGCAGCAGUAGAAGGCGGCUCUCGCCUCGGCCACCUCGCAUGGGAGCUCUACAACCAGGGAAAGAGAGCAAUCAGCCAUGGUACAUGCCCGGGCGUCGGCGUUGGAGGCCAUGUGCUUCAUGGCGGGUAUGGCUUGAGCGCUCACACUCACGGCCUUGCUCUGGACUGGAUGGUCGGCGCAACCGUUGUGCUGGCGAACUCUACCAUCGUAAACUGCUCGGAAACCGAGAACGCCGAACUUUUUUGGGCUCUGCGCGGGGCCGGCGGAUCCAUGGGCAUCGUGACCGAGUUCCGCUUCAAGACCUUCGAGGUCCCCGAGAAGGCGACUUACUUUGCCGCCCCGGUGCAAUGGCCUACCGAGGCAAGAGCUCUCCUUGGCUUGACGGCAGUCCAGGAGUUUGCCAAAACCAUGCCGGCGGAGUUGAACAUGCGUCUGUUUAUUGCCAGACGCUUCGUCAACCUUGAGGGUCUGUACUACGGCGAUAAGGAGGGGUUACAGUCUGUUUUGGCACCCCUGAUGAAGAAGACGAAUGCAACGCUGGCACUGGCGAGAACGGGAGGCUGGCUCGACCAAGUCAAGCAUUUCGGUGGCUCCAACAUUGACCUGGGACAUGGUCACGAGGAGCACGAAACGUUCUACUCAACCAGUUUGUACACCCAGGCGCUCAAUGAGGAGCAGCUCCAGACGUUUGUGAGCUACUGGUUCAAGCAGGCAAAGAACAACACCAGAGAUUGGUAUGUGCAAAUCGACCUGCACGGCGGCGAGAACUCAGCCGUGGCAAAGCCCGCCGUGGACUCGGCCGCGUAUGCUCACCGCGACUAUCUUCUCAUGUACCUGCUCUAUGACCGCGUCGACAAAGGCGUCUACCCGGCUGACGGCCACACCAUCAUGGCGAACUUUGCUGCCAACAUCACCCAGGGCAUGGCCAAGAGCGAUUGGGGAAUGUACAUCAAUUAUCCCGAUUCCAGGCUUGAUCAGAAGGAUGCCCAAGCCAACUACUGGGGAACUCACUUGCGUAAGCUGCAGGCUAUAAAGAAGGCGGUUGAUCCGGAUGAUUUGUUUCAUUUCCCCCAGGGAGUUCUGCCUGCUUAAUAGAGGCCCAGUUGAGCUCGCGGACUCGAACUACUCUCACCUUAUAUUGGGGACUCCCGAGGAUACAUAGAAUAGAAAGAGUUUGGAUGGAAC